CCUGGCAAAAGCCUGUACUUUUAAGUUGUCAGAUUAUAAAACUGUAAGACCACACAGCACACUGCAGUCAGGUACCUCGUCAAAGUUCGGCUGAGUGGCAAUGAUGAAGGAAGUCAAGGCUUGUCCACACGCAGGAUCUAGCUCGGUAGCACGUUGCAACCAGAUGAUCAAUUGAGAUGGUAGAUCGGCGGUUUUUUCGGUCACUUCUCCCUGUGGCACGACGCGGGGUCGCGACUUCUAUUUCCGGAAGUGAGGAGAUAUAAAACUUGUUUCGUCGACCUUCUUAUUUCUUCUUGCGACAGCAUUCCGGAAGAAUGGACAAAUUAUUCACCUAUCGGGGAACCGUUUAUCGAGAAGUUUCAAACAUGUUUUCACUCUCGAAACCUUUAAGUUUGCUGGUGCUGCUGGCUGCCAGCAAAUUAGUCCUAGGAACAAAAGAAGCUUCUUGCGGACCAGACAUCCAAACUCGUAGCGUUGUCAAAACAUUCACAACAGUGAUCACCACCGGCCCAACACCCGUGACGAAGCUCGAUUCGAUCACCAUCGAGUGCUUCGAAACAGUACCUCACCUUUGUUACACGUAUACAAUUGUCGGACCAUACGUACCCACAACAACCCCAGCUCUCGACCUCGACUACAAAGCAUCAAGCUCCUUCCACCGCACAGGCUGCGGCAUCCAAGCCGACUGCAUCGGCAUCAAGACCUCCACCGAAUACAGACCGUCAUACGACCCCUGCUGCGACCCCACACCCACUACUACAAUCCCCGGGCCCUCGCCAAGCUGCACUCAAGGUUGUCAGAUCAGGAUUGUGGGCACGGUGACGAGUUUUGUUGAUUCGUACGAGUUCUUCCACCCUACCUCACCCGCAACCUACUCGAUGUUCCCUCCCUCUUGCCCAUUCUCUCCCGAAUAUCACGACAAGCUCGUCCGUAAAACCGAAGUACCUCAAUCCACAAACACAACCGCCACCCUACGUAAAACCGAAGCCGAAGAACAAAAUACACAGGUCUAUCCAUGCACGGCGACGAUUAGAUCACUAGUUAGUAUCCAUGGCGGCGGCACGUGGACGGAGUACCCGAAUACGUAUACGGAGACCGAGACGCUGGAUUGUGUGGGGUGUUCCGUUGUGGUGAGGCCGUGGGGCGGCCCAGGCCCGGUGGUGAGUUAUCAGGCAACGCUCACAGAUUUGAAGACUAGGACGGAGACAACGUUUGUUUGUAAGGCUACUAGUUGAAGGGGGAAGGCGUAGGUGGGUGUGGUUUGUGAGGUUGGGAUAGUACUACCUGAUACCCAGAGGAAGUGGAUUGCUGGGCGGGUGAUGAGCGAGGUUGGGGAUGCUGCACGACU